AUGUCUACAAUCAGCGGUCUCAUCGAACGACAACAAGAACUCUUCACCUCUAUCAGCCGGACAGUUAUUAAUUUGAAAAAAAAGGGCGAAGCCAAUAUCACCGAAACCUACGUCAAAGCACGUCUUUCUAUUCUGACGGACAACUGGGCAGCGUUCCAGCACAAUCACGCAACAAUUUCGGACCAGAAAACUGAGGCCACGAAAAAACUGAGUUAUUUCGUCGACGAUCUUCGAACUCAGUGCGAAGAAAUGGUCAUCGAAAAUCAGUCAAUACUCAACGACUAUUUGGCUCGCUUCACACCGGCCGCUCCAACGUCUCGAAGCGCAGAUUCUCAUCUCAUCGCACCCGGCGAACGAGGCCAUAAACGGGUUGCGGGAACGGCCCAAGUCACUUCACGGAACCAAUAUGGAAAGGUCCAAGUCCAUCAAGCAUCGAUCGCCGCGACGGUGUGCCAAGCUUGCCAAGCCUCACACUUCUUACAAUCGUGUCCGACAUAUCUUGCUAAGACGUUGGAACAGCGCAAAGCAUUUGUUACUCAACAACGGCUCUGCUUUAAUUGUUUGGGGUCCCACCAUCGCAAGUCUUGCCGCUCUACUAGACGCUGCGUUACUUGUAAGGCCCGUCACCACUCCACUCUUCACGAAGCGUCCAAGCCGGUCGUCACGACGACUCCGUCAAAGCCGGAGCAGCCGCCCUCCACGGAGCUGGUCUCCGCACCAACGACAUCUCACUUGGCUGCGCACCAUGGACGGAUGCUGCUGGCAACUGCACUAGUCAAGGUCUCGUCUCCUGGUGGCGACGUCUGCGUCGUCCGCGCCCUCCUUGACCAGGGCUCGGAGGUUUCAUUCGCCACGGAGUCGCUCGCGCAGCAGCUCAGCCUUCCACGUCGUCAGGCUAACGUGCCUGUGUCCGGGAUUGGUGCAGGAAGAACAGUGGUCACCCGGGGAUCCUCCACGUUUAAGAUCUCCUCGCUCAAAGAUCCCCCGUUCGACCUCGAGGUAAAUGCACUUAUUCUGCCCAAGCUAACCGAUUACGUUGUAGAUCGCCAGCUCAAUGUCGCCUAUCUGCCCCACCUCCAUGGGAUUCAACUAGCAGAUCCGGAUCCGUCGCGCCCUAGGCGCAUCGAUUUGAUCCUCGGGGUCGAGGUGUACAACGCUGUGCUGCUCCCGGAAGUCAUACGAGGUCCUCCACACACACCCAUUGCUCAGCGAACGCACCUUGGGUGGAUCGUUUCCGGUCCCACGUCGCAUCAGCCCGAUGACGCAUCGAGUGCAGCACCAUCAAGUCUUCAAUGCAACGUGGACCGCGACCUACUUGACCUGCUACAGCGUUUUUGGGCUCAGGAAGAGUAUUCGACGAACUGUGAGUCCCAAUUGUCUGAAGCUGAUCUGCAAUGCGAACAACAUUUUGUAAAUACACAUAAGCGCGACGAGACCGGGCGGUUCAUUGUUCGCUUACCGUUAUCUCGUGACGUGUCUCACCUCGGCGAUUCUCGCAGCUCCGCGUAUCGAAUAUUAAUGAGUUCCGAACAUCGUCUCUCUAAAAAUCAAACUUUAUGUCACGCGUAUAAUCAAUUCUUAGACGAAUACGAGCAACUCGGUCAUAUGCGCCGCGUUUCGCCCCGUGAUAUCAUAACCAGAUCGUCGUAUUACUUACCGCAUCACGGGGUUUUUCGCGACACCAGCUCCACAAAAAUUCGCGUUGUAUUCAACGGAUCGCACAAAACCUCGUCCGGUUACUCCUUAAAUGAUUGUCUUCAUUCUGGUCCGAAACUGCAAAAUGAUCUCGCCGAUAUCUUGCUGCGCUGGAGACAAUACGCGUUCGCGUUUUCGGCGGAUGUUGAAAAAAUGUAUCGUCAGAUCCGCGUUCAUCCUGACGAUCAAGCGUUGCAGCGCAUUCUGUGGCGGCGCAAUUCUUCCGCCCCUGUAUCAGAAUUUUCACUCACUACCGUAACAUACGGACUCGCGUGUUCGCCAUACUUAGCGCUUCGGUGCAUGCGUCAGCUCGCGAUAGAUAACGGUAAUGAAUUACCUCUUGCACGCACUAUUCUCUUCACUGAAACAUAUGUCGACGACGUGCUCUCCGGUGCCCACAGUAUCGAAGAGGGGCGAGAAAAGGUCUCUCAAAUCUGUCGUCUUCUUGAGCGUGGUGGCUUUCAUCUGCACAAAUGGACCGCGAAUUCCGAUGAACUAAUUUCUAAUGUGAGUAGUUUAGUCGAAUCGAAAUCUGAACGUGCAUUAAAUCCAGAUACAUCGCACCGAGCGCUAGGACUGUUAUGGAACAUAGAUCGCGACGCGUUUGUAUUUUCAUUCAGUGCGAGCAGUCAAUCACCCGUUACUAAACGCACAGUAUUGUCAACAGUGUCUCAGCUGUUCGACCCGCUCGGAUGGAUCGCGCCAGUUAUCGUUCACGGUAAAAUUCUUAUGCAAGAAUUAUGGACGCUGCAAAUGGGAUAG